AAAGAGGGAGAAAAUAGGGGUCAAAGUCAAACGGUAACGAAGCUUGGCUCAGUUGUCGCGAUUCCACUGUGCCAGCCGGCUGCAUUCAAUCGCUUCUGUAAUUUCUUCUAACACUGCAACGAUUAUUUUUGGAUGAUACUUCAUUAAAGGUAAAUCAUGUCACCAUCGAUCGAAUCAUUUCCAAUUCAAAAAUUGGAUACACUUCUAGCACAAAGUUUAGGUAACAAUAUUCAAAUAAAACAUGUGGAAUGGAAACUCAUGAAUGCUCCAGGUGAAAAUUAUGGAAGCGACAUGCUAGCGAUCAAUGUCAUCUUAACGCGAUCCUCCAACAAUACCGAAGAAACCCUGAAUCUGGUAGCAAAACUUCCACCCACUUCCGCCUUUUUAUUGGAUUUGUUCAAUAGUCCAGUAUCGUUUAAAAAAGAGAUUCAAUUCUAUAAUUCUCUGGCGAAGGAGUUCAUGAAACUACAAAUCGAGAGUGGCAUGAACGAUCCGCAAUUGGUACCCAAAUUCUAUGGAGGAAGAUUGGGCUUGAAGCCAGACAAAUUCGACGGACAAGCUGUCAUUCUUUUGGAGAAUCUAAAGUGCAAUGGUUACAUAACGGAAGAUCGAAUUUUUGGAUUGGAUAAGAAGCAUACAGAAUUCGCAGUCAAACGUUUAGCUAAAAUGCACGCUCUUGUUAUUGCUUUGAAAUUGAAGAAACCUCAAUUGUACACGAAUAUAACAAAGGAACUGUUAGUGGAGAUUGCAAAUGAAACAACAGAAAAAUGCCUAAAUGAUAUGAUUCAGAAAAUUCUGUUAGACUUACAGAAUAUGGAGGAAAUUAAACCAUAUAUGGAUAGUAUCAAGAAGAGUGUAGAAUACUGUAAAGAGCAGACUGUGAAAUCAAAGAAAGUGGAAGAACCUUGGGGUACAAUGAUUCACAACGACUUCUGGGUAAAUAAUAUGAUGUUCAAGCAUGAUGAACAGGGAGAGAUUGUUGAUAUGAAGAUUGUAGAUUUUCAAUUGAACGUUUAUGAUUACGGUGUUAAAGAUCUGAUCUUCUUUCUCAUAUCGAGCGCAAACAAAGAUACUCUGGACAAUGAAUUGGAUUAUAUGUUGGAUUUGUAUUAUUCUUCUUUCAUUAAAGACCUAAAGAUGUUGAAUAUAGAUAUAAAUAAAUUCCCUAAGGAAAAGUUCAACGAAAUUUUAAAUCAUUGUAUCAUUUUAAAACUCAAUCAAUGUCUUAUGAUGACCCAAGUGAUUCAAGCUCCUCGAACAAAUAAAAAUUUAGAUGCAAAAGUUACAAAUUUCAAUAUGGAAAUGAAACCUGAUGAAAUUUUUAAGGAUCAAUCUAAUAAUGUUAUAUAUAAACAAAAAUUAUCUUAUAUUAUAACCCUAUUCCAUAAAAAAGGAUGGUUACUUAAAUAAUAACAAUUUUUAAUAUGUUAGAUAAUUUGUCAUAGAUAGAAUAUUUUUAUAGACACAAAGUACAAAAUAAUAAUUUUUAUAAAC